UUGGAAAUUCAUUCAAAUCGAACGAACUAAGUAGGCGGCGCUUUUUAGAUCACAGCUACUGUCGAUACAGUUUCUCAUUCAUCUCCGACGCCUCGACCUGAUCACAAGACGUUAGCAUACGGAAGUAAUAAGGAAAUCGUAAAAAAAUCGAGUAAAAUGAAUUUCUAUCUGGAGCACAUUUUGACUGGCGACAAGAUGUACUUGAUCCGCGGAGACAACACCCUAGGUCGGAAUGCAUCCUGCACCUGGAUCAUGAACUACGAAUACGUGUCGCGGUUCCAUGCAGUGAUGGUGGUUAAACGCAAAACUCUUUUCAUCAAGGAGCUGGAUGCUCGCAAUGGUGUCUUUCUAAACUACAGCCGUAUCGGCAGUGAAUUGCACGAAGUUUUCGUGGGCGAUGAUAUAUCAUUUGGCGUCGAAAUUGAUCCUAUGGUGGAACAGGAAUUACCAAUCACCUUUGGUAUCUUCACCGUCAAGGCGGAGCCGGCUCCGCUUGCUAUUCUAGAUCUGAAAAAACGCAAUAACGGAGACAGGGCUCCGCCAACCAACAACCCUCCAAUCAAAGUCGUGGCCCAACCCCCCAACACCGCCACCAACCCCAAAUCCAACCCCAACCCCUCCAAAAUCGGGAACACCGUCGCUUGCUAUUAG